AUGAAGCUGGACGAGUAUGCAUAUCGCAAAUAUGCUGACGACAUUCUGCAGAAAAAACCGCACGAGAUCGAUUUCGAGAAGACAGUCGUGAAUCUGGAAAAGCUUUUCGACGACGCUGAUUCGCUGAAUCGACAGCAGUACGAGUGUCUCAGGAUAAACUACGUGCCGCUGACGGCCAUUUAUGUACCAUACCGCGACUACGCUAACAUGAUCAAGCGGAUGGACGAAAACGCUCGACUGAAGGAACUGGAUUACACAGCACUGAAGACGCUACAGUUCGUAGCACGACUUCGUGAUUCAUCGCUCCUUGAAGUUCGUCUCACGAUGCUCCGUCGACUAGAUAGGCACACAGCAGAUGCGCCGUUGACGAUAGAAGACCUCGUUGGUGAGUGUGAGAACUUCACCGCAUUGACGAGGGACAACACAGACAUGGAAGAAAGUCAUGGUGUCCAUGUCGUACAGAAAAAAAUGCGAAUUGCUUCAAUUGUGGAGGACCGCACUACUGAAGCACAUGCCUGCUUCUCUCCUCCAACACUGGGCAGAAGAUGCGACAGAAACAGAGAAGACGAUCCGACCGUCACAAGAGAAGCCAGUGCAAGAACGUUGUCACCUUCGCCGCUGAGAACGCUUGAAUCUACCUCGAUGUCAAUGUCAGAGGUCAAAGGAAUGUCCGACGCUCGAUACAGGUAUCACGUUGGUAUCACGUCGAACGUGGAAGAAACUCGGAUCUCCACCUUUGGAACCCUGUAUCAUGUCAGUCAAGACGGCAGAUGGAUCACCGAUGAAGAUUGA